UUUUUAAGUGUUUCCCUCCCGGUCCUGCCAAGCAAUAGAAAAAAAAAAAAAAAAAGAAAAGAAAAGAAACUUGUUCCGCUGAGUUCAACCCCAGACAGGCUCACAACUUCCUUCCUGCUUUCCUCCCCCUUAGUCCCCCCGCCUUACUCCCUCCUCCCUCCCCAACCUUUUUUUUUUUUUUUUAAUCGUACGUUGAACAAACACAUCCAAGUGACUGCCAAGCUGAAACUGACAAGGGGUUAUCUCUACUUCGGAGAGAGGGGCGCAGGGCUGUGCAGGAGGAGCAGCCUCCCCUACAGUUCCUGCUCGCUUUGCGCAGCAUUCGGGAGACUUCUUUCUCUGUGUCCCCCUCGUCCUCUCCCCCCCCCCCCUUUUGGUGUGUCUCUCAGAUCUUGAUCUGGAUGAGGAAACGGUUUUUGGGAGCAUUUUCUCUUUAAAAAAUCAUCUCUGCCCGAUGGGGUCUAGCGCCUCAGAGAUGAUGUAGUCUGAAGAGGACCAAGUGGACUAAGAAAUAUCCCAGCGGAUCGGGUUGUUUAUGGAGCUUUGGGCUGGGGCCAAGCCCGCUGCCCUGCCCCCAUCCUGUUGCCGAGGCAAUGGUGCCCCGGCUCCGCGGAGGACAGCAGCCGCCGGGCCUGCGGGGCUGACCCUGGAAGAGAAGGAGGAGGAGGGGACAGCGGCGCUGGAGUCAGAGCUGGAGCAGCAGCAGGGCUUGGAAGCGCGGCGGGACCCAGUACUAUGGCUGUGUAUUGCUAUGCGCUGAACAGCCUGGUGAUGAUGAAUAGUAGCAAUAAUGUGGAGAGCGGCAGCGGUGGCUGCAGCAGCGGCAGCAGCAAAACGCCCCCGCCCCCUGGGAGACCCGGGUUGUCGGUGCCCGUGCUGAGCCCCGGCAGCGGCGGCGUCUUCAGCCCGGGGAGGGGGACCUCCUUCCUCUUCCCUCCGGUCGAUCGAUUGUCUCCAGACGAGUCCGGGAGUCGCGGGAGCUGGCGGGGAGGCGGCGGCAGCUGCAGCAGCAGCAGCAGCAGCAGUAGCAGCAGCAGACGGAGGCUGAACAGUAGUAGCAGCAGCGUGGGCAGCCCCAGUUGGGCACCCAGUUUGGGAGGGGAGGGGCAGCAGGUGGUGUCUCCGGGCAGCCUUUCCCCAACCGGGCCGGAGGAGGCCAAGAAGAAGCUGAGGAUCUUGGAGUGGGAGCUGCAGAAUGUGCAGGUGAACCAGAAAGUGGGAAUGUUCGAGGCGCACAUCCAGGCGCAGAACUCCGCCAGAGAAGCGUCUCGGAGCCCCCGGCUGGGCAGGGCUCGCUCGCCUUCUCCCUGCCCGUCCCGCAGCAGCAGCCAACCCCCCGGCAGGGUCCUCACAGAGUACACCCGGAUCGAGGAGAGGAGGACCAAAUCCUGGGGAGAGCAAUGCUUGGAGACCCCACUGGAGAUGGGGAGCAAGGAGGGCCAGUCCCGAGAAACUAGAGGCUCAGUUUCCUCCCAGGAGAUAGAGAGAAGGGAGCUCACCCUCAGGGCGUCGAGUCGGUUCAUUCCAGUGGAACGUGGGAACUGGAGUCUGACACGUGGGGCACAGAGUACCCCAUCUGGGGUGGAGAUGGAGAAGAGGUCCUCUACAAAUAGAGCCUGUGGCUCACUCACGACUAAGGAGGUCCACAAGGGAAGCCACUCACUCCCUGGAGAGCAGGGCUGCGAGACUCUUGUAGGCUCUGGGGGAGCAAAGCUCUCUAGAGAAGCCGGGGCUAAAGGAGCAGAAAAGAGGGGAUCCACAGGUAGGGAGCCCCGCUGUGAGGUUUUCUCUCAGGAGACCGCUGCCUGGAUAGAGAGAGGUUUUGCUUCCUUUGGUGUGAGAGCCCAGGAGAAUCAAGUGCAAAAAGAGGGGGGAGCCAGGUGCAGUGGGACACCUGAAGACAAGAGCAGGAUCGGCGGUUCAAAGGUUCCUGAGAAGUUGGAGAAAGGAAAUCUGCCUGGCCAAGUGCAGGGAUCCAGGGCUCCUGUGGAGAGGGAGAGCAGGACCACCCCGACUUUGGAUAUGCAAAGCUCUGCGGCCAAGAGUUGCACUCGGGCAUCCUCAGAGCACAGCUCCACAGCCCCGGUGCAACCCCAGAAGAAGGGGUCCCCGGUGGUUUUAGUGCAGAAGCCGGAUUCUGAGCCAGGAGAGAAAAUAGGGACCAAAUCACUUGGAAUUUCAGGCAGGGCUGUGCAUCUGGGGAAGGUAGAGGUGGAAGUGGAGCCGGAGUUGGGAAUUCUUCGUGGCUACAGGCAAGACACUUUGCCUUUCAGGGAUUCAGUAGAAAAGGAGGAAGGGUAUCAGUGUUCUCCCAAGAACAGUUUUGGUGUUCAGUUCAAAAGCCUGGUGACUUGGCCUGGCCCAAUGGAGGAGGCUGGUGCAACCUGGACAGACCCUGGGAAAGUGGUCCAGUCAGAUGGGACUUCCGAAAGGAAGCAGCAAAAGGAACAGCAAGAGAACCAUCAGGAUAAAGAGCUGACCCCUGAAUCUGAGAGGAAACCUUCUCUUAGGGAGGCUUGCUGUCCCAGCAACAUCCCAGCUGUCAUUAUCACAGAUAUGGGUGCCCUGGAGGAUGGGGGCUUAGAGGAAGUUCAGGAAAGCCCUCGAGGGAUCAUGCCUUUGAGAAAGCUGUCUUCCUCCUCUGCCUCUUCUACUGGUUUCUCCUCAUCCUAUGAUGAUUCAGAGGAGGACAUUUCCAGUGAUCCAGAGCGUUCUUUGGACCCGAAUUCAGCUUUCCUUCAUACUCUGGAUCAGCAGAAACCUAGAGUGAGCAAAUCAUGGCGGAAAAUCAAGAACAUGGUGCACUGGUCUCCCUUCGUCAUGUCCUUCAAAAAGAAGUAUCCUUGGAUCCAGCUGGCGGGGCACGCAGGAAGUUUCAAAGCAGCAGCCAAUGGCCGGAUCUUGAAGAAACACUGUGAAUCAGAGCAACGUUGUCUUGAUCGCCUUAUGACGGAUGUUCUGAAGCCCUUUGUCCCUGCCUACCAUGGGGAUGUAGUGAAGGAUGGAGAGCGGUACAACCAGAUGGAGGACUUGCUGGCUGACUUUGACUCUCCCUGUGUGAUGGACUGCAAGAUGGGAGUCAGGACCUACCUGGAGGAGGAACUUACCAAAGCUCGGAAGAAGCCUAGCCUUCGCAAGGACAUGUACCAGAAGAUGAUUGAAGUGGACCCCAGUGCCCCCACAGAAGAAGAGAACAACCAGAGAGCAGUGACCAAGCCCCGAUACAUGCAGUGGAGAGAGACCAUUAGCUCAACAGCUACCCUGGGAUUCAGGAUUGAGGGCAUUAAGAAGGAAGAUGGCUCUGUGAACCGAGACUUCAAGAAGACCAAAACAAAGGAGCAAGUUACUGAAGCUUUCAGAGAAUUCACUAAGGGAAACCGUAACAUCCUGAUUUGUUACCGGGACCGACUGAAAGAUAUUCGUGCCACCUUAGAAAUCUCACCGUUCUUCAAGUGCCAUGAGGUCAUUGGCAGCUCUCUGCUCUUCAUCCAUGACAAAAAAGAGCAAGCCAAAGUAUGGAUGAUUGACUUUGGAAAAACCACACCCCUUCCGGAAGGACAGACCCUUCAGCACAACAUCCCUUGGCAGGAAGGAAAUCGAGAAGAUGGUUACCUCUCAGGACUGGACAAUCUCAUUGACAUCUUAACAGAAAUGUCUCAGAGCGAGGCCCUCCCCUGAGAACCAUUUUCCCCCCUCCUCCUCACUCUCAGUUUUCUCUCCCCUGCUAUCUGGAUUCUAGAACUGACUCCCAAACUGCACUAUAAGACACUUUCUAGAGGAGGAGGAGAAGAGAGAGAGACAUAGAGCGAGAUACACACACACACCCAGAGAGAAAGAGAGACAGAGUUUUCUAAGCUUUCUCUUGUACGUGAGUUUGUGUUUGGAGCUUGGGCUGUUGUUUUUGUUUCGUUUCCUUGUAAAUAGAAUUCUAUACUAGAACAACAACAACAACAACAACAACAACAACAACAAAAGUCCAGGUUGAGGUUUGAGUUCCUGUAGAAAAGGAUCCAUUUGGUUUCUAAGGGGUAGGGGAGAAGGGGACUGACUAGUCCCAUGAUCCUUACAAAGCAUCUUUUAGCUUGUCCCAGCCAGAUUAAUGCAAGCUUUGAAUACUACAUGUUAUCCUUCACACCAUCCUCCAGACCAACGUGUUCUUUCAUUCUUGCUAAAGGGAAAAAUCAGUGCAGAAAUCCCCGCUUUUGUAAGAGAGGAUACUCUUUGCCCUACAGAGACAGACUAAAUCCAUCAGCAGCCACUCUAUGGAGGGAGCCCCCUGCAAAAGUAACGGCAAAGAAUCAAGCUUGUCUGUGGAGACUUGCUUCCAUCUAGUGGCUAUUUUGAGUAAUACUUGCCCUUCCAAGCAGUCUGUGUAUUGCUCUGGGAAUCUCGUGUAACAGACUUUCAGAAUUUUUUUACAGUGACAACCACUUUUAAGAACCUGGAAUAAACAACCUUAGGGUCUCUGGAAGACUUAGAGCAGAUCCUCUGAUCCCACCUCCAGUUUGAAAUGUAAUCCUUGGGGAAGUGGAUUCAUAGUAUUUCUGGGUUCAGUGACAAUAUUUUUUGGGGAAGAAUAGUUCUUUCUAUCCCAUGUUGGAAAUUCCACAUAAUUCUCCCAAAAUCCCCAUAGCCAGAUCUUACUUCUGAUCUGUUUUUCUAAUGUAGACCAAUUUGUCCAUCCCUCCUAAGGCAGUCUGGUGACUUGAGGGGUUCACCAUAUUGGUGUCAAACUUAAUGUGGACACCCUUCAGCUUUUUAGCUCUUCAAUAAGCAUAUUUCUAGAAGGAAACAGGGCCAACUGUUCAAUCAAUAUUGAACACAACCUUUCAAGACAUUUAAUUUUCCUUCCUCCCAAACUUCCUUCCUUUUUGUGAUCUUCUCUGUCUCCAUCUCUAAGUUAAUCCUCCAUGAAGCUGAAACAUGGGAGUUGGAGUUGCUUGGCUGGAAUAUUUGUGGGGAGAAAAAGCUUCAUGUGGAGACUCUUCAGCCCAUGGAAAAAUAUCAGGACGUUCUCAGAAAAUUUUUGGCUGACAGAGGAGGCCUUGAGUCUCCAUUCCUUCAGGUUCUCUGUCUUUCAUACUUCCCAUUCCAAACCCUUCCUUUUCUCCAACUGCAGUCAGCACCAUCUACCACAUAUGCAGGAGGUUAUUUAACUAAGCACCCUAAAUUUUAGAGUCUGAAACUGAUAUUUGAGGAGAUUUGUGGAAGGUGUUUUGCAUAGAGGAAUCACAGUUAUCUUUUUAUUAUUAUUGUCACUUUUUCCAGAGAGAGAGAGAGAGAGAGAGAGAGAGAGAGAGAGAGAGAGAGAGGAGGAAAAUGAGGGCUCACUAUCUCUAGUGUGUUCAGCAUUGGGUUUCUGUGAUGGAAAUUGUCUAGGUUGAGAGAUUCCUGAAUCUGGAAGUUGUCUGAUGAUUUAUCAUCUUCCCCUACUCACCAGGAUCCUUUAGGAGAAGAUGGGCCUUUGACAUCUUCUAUAUGGACAUAUGUAUAUUUAUCUUUUCCUAACUGGGAAGUUAUCAGGAGGUAGCUUGUUAGAAUGACUAGAAGAGGGACAAUGUGGAGAUGUCCAAGGGGACCUAUAAAAAGAUUUUAAACUUUUAUAGAUUUUGUUGAACAGAGGUGAACUCAUGGAUAACUAACUCAUCACCUCCCUUCUGCCCCAGCAAAGAAAAACCCUAUGAUAUGCAUGUCAACUGCUGUAGUUUACAGGAGGUUCUAAGAGCCAAGAACAGCUUUUGGUCUUAUUAGGAAUUUUUAAUGGGGAUUCUGGGCAAUUCUUGGCUGAGAUAGCUAGUAAGUGAGGUUCCAAAGAGGAAAUCACUCAAUCAACAAAUAAUUGUUAAUGCUUGUUCCUCCCACACAGCUAUAGUAAAGGCUCAUUAAUUCAAUCCUUACUAACCUAGAAUUCCUGUUAAAUCAGAUGUGGGCUGGGCUAAAGUUUACUUUUAUAUUAUAUAGGAAAGAAAAGGUUUGGUUGGCAAAUUAAUAGUUUAAACAAAAUCUAAGGAGAUAUUGAUAUUUAACACACUUAAGAAUAGGGUUUGGGCUUUAUUUUUGUUUUGUUUUCUUGUAAAUAGAAUUAUAUGCUAAAACAACUAUAACAAAAAAGAUCUAAAUUCAGGUUUGAGUCCUUGUAGAAAAGAAUACAUUUGGUUUUAAAGGGAUAAGGGAAAUGAUGAAUGGCCCUGUGGUCCUCAAAGCAUCUUUUAGCUUAUCCCAGCCAGAUUAAUGCAAGUUUUUGAAUACUAUUUUUUAUUCUCCACUUCAAAAAUUUCAGCAGCCUCAAGUAAGUGUAGAUUAUGUGCUAGAAAAAAACUUUUUUUUGGUGAGGCAGUUUGGGGUUAAGUUGCUUUCACAGCAUCACACAGCUGGUAAAUGUUAAGUGUCUGAGAUUAGAUGUAAACUCAAGUCCUCCAGAUUUCAGGACAGGUGUUCUAUUUAUGAAAUUUCUUAAAAGUUACUCCUUAAAGCAGGUCCUUCAGGAUCUCUCCUUGGCUGUGCCUCAUCAGCCAUGAGUUUGGGUCCUUGAAAAGAGCAAAACUUAAUUUCUUUCAAAUUAUCCUAUAGUUGAGAUUUUUCAUUGUUGAGACUGGUUCUCCACCCAACGCCCAGUUCCUUUUCUCCCUAAUCCAAAUUGCUGAGGUUUAUACUGGUUUUCUAAGUUUCAGAUUCAUACUUUACCCUCCUUCCUUUUUAAAAAUCAUCACAUCCCCUUUUUUACCAGUCUUUCAUGCUGCAAAGGAGCCCUAGAAUGGAAAAUCCAGAAAAAUUUCUUUCCUCUCCUCACAGACUUCAGUGCCUAAUUACAGUCUCCUAAUUAAGGUCUUUGACAUCUAGGGACAGCAGGAAAUAUUGCUAAGUUGUAUGUAUGUAUGCUAUUCCCUUGCCAUUUUUUUUCCUUUAAUAAGACUAUAGCAGAUAAGACAAAUCUUACCUUUCUAAAUUAUAUGAGAUUCAGUACUAAUUUGUCCGCACUAUUGAGCUUUUAUCCAAGUUUUAUCCCUAGCUGCUUUAGGUGGAUUUGCCCCUAGUGUCAUGGAAGAAAUUUUUAAAUUAUAUUUAUUUUGUGUUGGGUUUUUUUUUUUAAUUGCACAAAACACUAAGUUCAUGUAAGUUUGUUUGGGUUUUUUUUUAAGCUUUUUAUUCUUUCUAAACUUACUUUCUCAGCUUUUUUGGAAAGGGCUUGGAAGUAACCUUCAUGCAUUUUUGUCAAGUUCUCUUUUCCUGUUUUUUUGGCUGUAUUUAGCAUUGCUUCUCUCUAGACAUGGUUAGCCUCCACAUGUAUAUAAACCAGGCCUUAGCUUUAUGAGUUUCACAAAAAAAAAAAAACAGGUUGUUCAUUCCCAAUGUUGGUGCCUUCUCUUUUGGCCAAGAGCCCUCGUGCCACAAAGGUCUCUCCUUGUUCCUGCCACCCUCUGCCUGGUCCUUAGAUAAAAAUGCAAAUUUUCCUAAAACACCAGCACAUAGUGCCUGUAUGAAAAGCAACCUGUAACUUUCUAAAUAAAGGUAUAUGGAAAGAGUUGAAA